GUUAUAUAGUUUUAUAAAUAAAAGUAUUAGUUUAAAUAAUACAAAUUUAAUAGAAACUUAUGAAGAUGACUGUUGCAACAAAAGAUGAUAGCCAGUUUCAUCUUUUAUUUACACAAUUACCAUUAGACGAAAAAUUAAUUGAAGAGUAUACAUGCAGUUAUAACGAAGGUGCAGCCGUAUCAAUUGGUAAACUUUAUAUUUCACAACACCAUGUUUCUUAUGCAUCUAAAAUAGGCUCAACUCAUAUUGUUUUACCAAUUAAAGAAAUUACAUCAAUUUCAAAAAAGAAUUCAGUUUAUUUAUUUCCAAAUGCAAUCGAGGUUCAAAAUAAAGAUCAUAAAUAUUUCUUUUCAGCAUUUUUAAGUAGAGAUUUAGCUUUUGCAACAUUAUCAACUAUUAUUAGUCAAGGUGGUGGAACAAGAACUAAAAUAUUUGAAGAUAUGCUUUCAGAUGCUAUUGAAGCAAAGGAUGUUAAAGAAAGAAGUUUUAUUAAAUUUUCAAAUGAAAAUGAAGAAAUUGAAUUACCACCACCACCAUCAGCAUUUGAUGAUAGUCCAUUUGUAGAAAAUCCAACCUUUUCAACAUUUAGACCAUCAACAAAUAAUAAUAAUAGCAAUAAUAGCAAUAAUAAUAGUUCAACAUUUAAAACAGCAACAGCUUCAACAGCUUCAACAUCUCAAGAUACCAAUAGUGAUAUUGUAGACGAUACAAAUAGUAAUAGUAGUGAUAGUAGUAAAUUUGGCAAUAAUAAAACUGGAACACCAUCACCUUCGCCAUCACCAUCAAAUAAAAUGUUAAAUUCAAAAAUUGAAAGAAAAGAUAGUUUUGAAUCAAAUGGUAGUGAUAAUUUAAAUAAUAGUGGUGGAUUUUCUUCAGGAAGUAUUGGACCUAGCAAGAGAAACAGUUCACAAAUUGAUAUACUUUCAAAUCAUAGACAGUCAAAAGAUCAAACUAUUGAUCACCCACUUUCUGAUCAAUCUCCAGUUGGUGAUGAAGGUGAAGACGUUAUUUCUUCAUCGCCUUCCACAUUUGAACCAAUUUUAGCCAAACAAGAGUCUUCAUCCAGUUUAAAUAAUCUUGUAAAAGAUAAAUCAUCAGAUAAUAAUAAUACUGUACAAUCACCAUUAAAAUCUUCACAAACUAUAAACCCAACUCCACCCUCACCACAAAUUACUCAUCGUAAACCUCACAAUAAUAAAGAUAAAGCAGAUUCACCACCAAAUGUUAGCCCAACAAAUUCAGCAAGAGAAAGCACUAAAGAGCAACCAAAAUCUACCACACCACCAAAAACAACACCUUCAACCACAACAUCACCAACCCAAGCCACUGGCGCCACAGUAACAGCAUCAGCAGCCUCAACCACAACACCACCAACAACAGCUUCCACAGAAACAGUUUCAGCCGACUCACCAAAAGUUUCACCAAUAUCAGCAUAUGAGCGUUUACCAAUGCAAGAUAAAUGUGAUCAUGUCGUUGUAUCAGAGUUUGACGAGGCACCAUGGUCCACCGAGAAGUAUCAAAUUUCAUUAGCAGAGUUUUAUGAAAUUAUAAUUAGAAGCGACUUUUGGGGAAGUGUCAAUACCACUCAUUCAUACACAGAACAAUCACUCUCCGAAUGGAAACAAAAUACAAAUUGUUGUAUUCAUAGAAAUAUCGAUUUUAGAACUGCCAUCUCUUUCAAGAUUGGUCCAAAAAGUACAAGAGUUGCUCAAACUCAACGUUGUAAAUUAAAAAAUAAGAGCGAGUUAAUUCUUCAAUCUAGUUCAGUUUCAAAAGAUGUUCCAUAUGGUGAUUCAUUUUCUGUUGAAAAUUUAUUGGUCGUUCAAGCUAUUGAUAAUACUUCAUGUUUAGCCAAAUUAUCCUCAAAAAUUAAAUUCACUAAAUCUGUUUGGGGUUUAUCUUCAAUGAUUCAAAAAUCAGCUCUUCAAGGAAAUAAAGAAUUUUUUAUACUUUGGAAUACAAUGGUUAAAAAUCAAAUUGAAACUUAUGUAUAUAAUAAAAUGAAAGAGGCAAAGAAGGCACCAAUUCCAAAUAUUCAAGCUUCAGUUGCUGCUAGCUCUCAACCAGCUACUCCACAAAAACAACCUGUUCAACAACCACAACCACAACAACAACAACAGCAACAACAACAAUCAAUUAGUAAAAUCACUACAACAACAGUAUCAUCAGCACCCGAGGUACCAGUUAUUUCACAAAAGGCAACAACCAUUUCAGAAACUACAUCAUUGACAUCCACAACAACCAAUGCUACAGCAUUCACAAUUCCAGAAGGUGAAACAUUGUCAAGUACAAUUUGGAAUAAAAUGUCAAUUAUCGAAAAGGGUGUUUUAGCAGGUAUUUUCUUUUUAGUUUUAGCUUUAUUGUUUGGAUUAACUAUUGGUAUAAUGUCAAACUCUAGCACAUCAAGAUCAUUGAACAAUCAACUCUAUAGAUUCUCUGAUUCAUUAAUCCUUUUAGAUUCAAGAAUUAAUGCUUUGGCCACACAAACUCCUUUAGAUGAUGGUAAAGUCACCUAUACAACUAAUAUUUCCAAAGAUAAAAUGGAGUCGAUCAGAGAUAGACUAGAAAUGGCAAAUUCAUUGCUUUUAAGAGCACAAAGUAUGGUUUCAACAUUACAGGCUGAAUUAUCAUUAGAGGAUUUAAAAUCUCAAAAGGUCGAUAAUUAUUAUAACAAUCUCGAUUCAAGCAGUAGUGGUUUCUUUGGUUUACCUUUGCUUUUCACAAUAAUUAUCGGUACUGUUCCAUUUUUAGUUUAUAAAUUUUAUUUAAAUAAAUAAAAUUUCAAAAUAAUAAUAUAAAUAAUAUAAAAAAAUAAAUCAUAAUAAUAUAAAUAUAAAUAUAUAAAUAUAAAUAUAAAUAAUAAUAAUAAUAUAAAAUAAUUAAACAAGUUAUUACAAUUUUAAAAAAUUAAUAUUAAAAUUUUGUAGUUUUUUAUAAAAUAAUUAAAAAUUAAUUUAUUAUAUUUAAAUUAAAUUUAAAUAAAUUAAAAUCAUUAAUAAAAAUAAAAUAAUAUUAAUAAUAAUAUUAAUAAAC